AUGGCCUCCCAAGCGAGCAAUCACCCACUCAAGCAUGUCUCCCCACACAUCUUGUCGCUGCUUUCCACGCUGCACAAUCGAUCAGCAGCAGAAGAAGCCCACAUGACUUGGGAUGACUUCAAACCCCAAAGUGUCGCUGAAAAAAUGCGGGACAAGCUUGUUGCCAUCGAACAAGACAAAGCCUAUUUUCUCUACCAAAUGGGCCUUGCAACCGGCGCUAAAACUAUUGUCGAGGCUGGCACAUCCUACGGUGUGAGCACCAUCUAUCUCGCACUGGCUAUUGCAUCCAACGCCGGAGUUACGGGUGGCGCAGGAAGAGUCAUCGCAACGGAGCAUGAGCCCGAGAAAGCUAAGAAGGCUCGAGAGCAUUGGAAUGCAUGCGGUAGCUCUGUCAGCGAAAUCAUCGAGCUGCGAGAGGGUGAUAUCAGGGAGACUUUGAAGCACGACUUGGGAACGGUAGACAUGCUAUUGCUGGAUAUCUGGGGCCCGAUGCUGCUUCCAGUCUUGAAAUUGGUCCAGCCGGCACUGCGACCGGGUGCUGUCAUCAUUACCGACAACACAAUUAGUGCUGCAGAACAUUGCAAAGAACUCCUUGGCUACAUGCGUGCGCCUGGAAGUGGUUUUAGGAAUCUCACACUCCCGUUCAACAAUGGACUCGAGAUGAGCGUAUAUCAGCCGCAAGGGUAA